GUCAUGGGGUGGAUAACUGAUCAAGAGCUCCAGUCAGAGCUGAUCUGAUCGAUGGAUGAGAGGAGCAGCUGCUGCAGAGGCGAGUGAAAGCAAGGGAAGUAAUAAAGCAACUCAGGACAUAAAAUAAGCACAGCAGAAAUUUCAGACAGGAUAAACCAUGGUGUUAAACUAUAUAUCUUUAAAUGUUUCAGUCAUGGCUGAAAAUAACAGAAAUAAACAGGUUUGCUGAAUUCACAUAUCACUGCAAUUCACAACAGUUUGCAGUUUCUACCUGGAAGGUUUAGAUCAAGGUCACGGUGAUUCAGUCUGCGAAGACGUCAUCAACAUCCAUGUAAGCAUAUGAUGUCAUCUGGAGACUUUAAGCGACUUUUUGGAGCUAGUGCAAGCUACUUUCAUUGGAAAAGAGUUGGCAGCUCUGCCCUACUUGUGAACUAUAGCCAAGAAAACAAUACUAUUAAGAAUCAGAAAGAAAUCAUCAUCUGCCAAUGGUUGGAUCCACUAACACAGCAGAUAACAAUGGAGCAACACUCAGCUCUGGAAAAAAGUUAUACUGAUGGAUUAUGUGUUAAAGGUUUGAUUUUAUUUCCUGAACGUUACACUUAUGGACUAUCUGUGUAAACUGCCCAUCAAAAGUUUUUCUGAAUAAGCCCACAAUUCCAACACUUCUGCACUUUUAUUUUGAAGCCCAUGAGUUCAUCUCUACCGGAAGCUGUACUCUUUACUGUCGCUAACGCGACUUUGAACAAGAUGGCGUCUGAUAGAAAGGUGUGUCAGCGGAGUUUCAAGUUUCUGUCUCUUUUGUUGCGUUUUUAAAGUGUGAACAUGUCUAAAGUCCAAAUGCUGAGAUCGUUGGUGAAGCAGCGACUAACUGCGGCUGCUGAAGAGAUAUUUGGGCUGUUUGAAAGAACGAUAGCAGAGUACGAGGAGGAACUUGGUCGAUCAAAAGAGGAGAACGAGCGACAACGUAAACUACUGGACGCUGUUUUCAACCCUCAGCUUCGGUUACACAGAGCAGACGUCCAGCAGCUGUUGGUGGUUAAAGAAGAGGUUCCCCCUGAGCAGCAGGAGUGGAGCUCCAGUGUGGACCAGGAGGACCCAGAGCCUCCACACAUUAAAGAGGAACAGGAGGAACUCUGGAUCAGUCAGGAGGGAGAGCAGCUUCAAGGGCUGGAGGAGGAUGAUAUCACCAAGUUCACAUCCACUCCUGUCCCUGUGAAGAGUGAAGAUGAUGAAGAGAAACCUCAGUCCUCACAGCUUCAUCAAAGACACACUGAACAGAUGGAAACAGAAGCAGAGGGAGAGGACUGUGGAGGAGCAGAACCAGCCAGGAACUCAGAUCCAGAUACACAUUUACAACCUGAGACUGAUGACAGUGAUGAUUGGACAGAGACCAGAGAACCUCAGUCAGACGUCCAGCAGCUGUCGGUGGUUAAAGAAGAGGUUCCCCCUGAGCAGCAGGAGUGGAGCUCCAGUGUGGACCAGGAGGACCCAGAGCCUCCACACAUUAAAGAGGAACAGGACGAACUCAGUCAGGAGGGAGAGCAGCUUCAAGGGCUGGAGGAGGAUGAUAUCAUCAAGUUCACAUUCACUCCUGUCCCUGUGAAGAGUGAAGAUGAUGAAGACAAACCUCAGUCCUCACAGCUUCAUCAAAGACACACUGAACAAAUGGAAACAGAAGCAGAGGGAGAGGACUGUGGAGGACCAGAACCAGCCAGGAACUCAGAUCCAGAUACACAUUUACAACCUGAGACUGAUGACAAGACUAGAGAGUCCUCUGAACCUGAGAGCUCCAGUGUGGACCAGGAGGACCCAGAGCCUCCACACAUUAAAGAGGAACAGGAGAAACUCAGUCAGGAAGGAGAGCAGCUUCAAGGGCUGGAGGAGGAUGAUAUUAUCAAGUUCACAUUCACUCCUGUCCCUGUGAAGAGUGAAGAUGAUGAAGACAAACCUCAGUCCUCACAGCUUCAUCAAAGACAAACACAGCAGAUGGAAACAGAAGCGGAAGGAGAGGACUGUGGAGGAGCAGAACCAGCCAGGAACUCAGAUCCAGAAACUCAUUUACAACCUGAGACUGAUGACAGUGAUGAUUGGAAAGAGACCAGAGAACCUCGGUCAGGUUUAGAUUCUCUGAAAAAUGAUCAAGUCCCUGUCAGCGAUUGGAUGGUUAGUAAAAAACCAUUUAGCUGCUCCGAGUGUGGGAAAGGAUUUAGUCAAAGUGGAAAUCUGAGGAGACACAUGAGAUCUCAUACAGGAGAGAAACCAUUUAGCUGCUCUGAAUGUGGGAAAACAUUCAGUCAUAAUGGAAAUCUGAAGAGACACAUGAGAUAUCAUACAGGAGAGAAACCAUUUUGCUGCUCUGAGUGUGGGAAACGAUUUGGCCUCAAUGAAAAUCUGAAUGUCCACAUGAGAGUUCAUUCAGGAGAAAAACCAUUUAGCUGCCCUGAGUGUGAGAAAAGAUUUGGUCAACGUGGAGACCUUAGGGCACAUAUGAGAAUACAUACAGGAGAGAAACCAUUUAUUUGCUCUGAGUGUGGGAAAGGAUUCCGUCGAAGUGAACAUCUGAAGACACACAUGAGAUCUCAUACAGGAGAGAAACCAUUUAGCUGCUCUGAGUGUGGCAUAACAUUUAGUCAAAGUGCACAUCUGAAGAAACACUUGACAUCACACACAGGAGAGAAACCAUUCAGCUGCCCUGAGUGUGGGAAAAAAUAUGGUCGAAGUGAGCAUCUGAAGGACCACAUGAGAUCUCACACAGGAGAGAAACCAUUUUGCUGCUCUGAGUGUGGGAGAAGAUUUGGUCAAAGAGGAAAUCUGAUAAAACACAUGAGAUCUCACACAGGAAAUAAACCAUUCAGCUGCUCUGAGUGUGGGAAUAGGUUUGGUCGAAGUGAACAUCUCAAGGAACACAUGAGAUCGCAUACUGCAGAGAAACCAUUUAGCUGUGUAAUUUGUGGGAAAUCAUUUAGACAAAGUGAAAAUUUAUAUUCACACAUGAAAACUCAUGGAGGAGCAAAGUGAUUCAGCUGCUCUGUUUGUACAAAAAUCUUUUUCAUGGAAUGACACUUUAAAAACACACAUGAGAACUCAUAUCAGCAAUUGACCUUUCAGCCUCAGUGUUUGUAUGAAAUCUUAAACACAAACUGGACAGUUACACAAAUGCGUGAAACCCACGCAGGAGAGAAACCUUAUAGCUGCAGUUUUUGUCAUCAAAGUUUCACUUGGCCAAAACAGCUCAGAAACCAUCAGUGUGAUGUCUGUCAGUCCUCACAAUCUCAUCAAACUCAAACUGAGGAGAGCAAAGAGGUAGAGCCUCUAGCCAAGCUAAAUUAUAUUUAUGAUUUACAGUUAGAAGGAUGAGAAACAAGGAUUUAAUUUAUAUUGACAGCAAAAUGUGUGUUAGACCAAACAUGUAACCAAGUAUAUUAUCAAUUGUUUGAUUAAAUUUACUGAGAGUGUAUUUGUAUUGUGUGAAUCAAAACUAAAAAUCAGAUCUGGAAAAGGCCCCUGAAGCUGUAAACUGUGUUUCCCCAAAAAACAAUUAAAAACAAGCCAACACUAUUGAAGAGAGAGAAGGAAAGGAGGGGUACUCUUGGGGAGCAGAGCUGCAUGCAGGGGAGGAGCUAAGGCUUUUUCCACUCAGAUUCUGCUGCCCAUUAUAACAAAAACAUGGUAGGCUGGUGAUAAGCCAUGUCUACUCAGAUUUUAUGGGACCUAAUUAUAGACGAUUUAUUUGACUCAAAGAAGAGCAGCUCACAGUUUGGAGAAGCAUAAAAGAUAACUGACACAGUUAGGUCAGUUCCAAAAGUUUACCAUUGUAAAGGGCUAUCUGACAGCAAGGUGAAGCAGUGAAAGUAUUCUAAACUGAUGUGGAUUUUUUUUUUUUUUUUAAUGACCCUGUUUUUAUGUGGUGGUUCCUGUGUGUUUCUACCUCAUAGCUCCCACGCCAAUUUUAGUCUGUAUCAUUCUGUGUCUGCUCUCUAAAAUUUUUUUUUUUUUUUUUUUUUUGAAGAUUUUUUUGGGGGGCAUUUAGCCUUAAAUGGACAGGACAGCCAAGCGCAAAAGGGGGAGAAAGAGGGAAUGACAUGCAGCAAAGGGCCACAGGCUGGACUCUAACCUGGGCCGCUGUGGCAACAACCUUGUACAUGGGGCGCUUGCUCUAUCCACUAAGCCACCGACGCCCCGUGCUCUCUAAAUAUUGAGGUUUUUACAGGUUCAUGAAUGCAAUGCAGGUGGAACUCGUAAUUAGUUGUUUUUAUCCCCUCAGCAGCAUUUAUGUGAGUCAUGGGGUGGACAAUUUAUCAGCUGCUCUGAUCUGAUCAAUGGAUGAGAGGAGCAGUUGCUGCAGCGGCAAGUGAAAGCAAGGGAGCAACUAAGGACAUUAGGUAAGCACAGCAGAAACAUCAGAUCGUUCAAACCACCAUGUUGAACCCUAUAUUUUUAAUCAUUACAAUUACAGCUGCAUAUUACAACAGAAAUAAACAGGUUUGCUGUAUUUACAUAUCUCUACAAUUUAAAACAGUUUCCAAUUUCUACCUGUAAGGUUUAGACCAAGGUCGUGGUGACUAAGGGCACAUUCACACCACAAUAGUCCAGAGGACUUGGUUCGAUUGGGCAGGGAAUGCCGAAAAAUUUUACACCUUUUGUUUGGUUCGGAUCACUUUCACUCUGCCCUUUUUAAAGCAGGACAAACAGCGACAACUGUUGCUCGUUUUGGAGCAGUAUUGCCUGAAAUGACAACUGACCAGAAGGAAAAAAAGUAUGAGGAAGAAGAAAACUUGGCUCACUGAUUGGCCAGGACCGAAAACGUAAAUCCAUCCCCUUCAACCGGCUUGGUCACCACAAAAGCACCAAAAUUUACUGCGCUCUAUGUCACUGAGUCCUCCUCAGGGCUGUGUUUUUGCACCCCUUUUAUUAAUUUUAUACACCAAUGAAUGUUGCAGCCAGCAUCCACAGCGUCACAUUUUGAUGUUUGCUGACAACUUAGUCAUCCUGUCCCCUCUCAGCAGUGACAACCCCGAUGACAGGCCAGCAGUCAGGGAUUUGAGUGGUGUGAGUCCUCCGUCUUACAGAGAAAUGUAUCAAAGAUGAAUGAGAUGGUUAUUGAUUUUAGAAAGAAUGGUACAGUUACCUCUCAGUGGUCAUUUCUGGUGUAAAUGUUGAAAUUGUAAACGAGUAUAAAUACUUGGGAACUGUUCUUGACGGCAGGCUGACUUUGAAGUCCAUGUGGACUCACUUUGUAAGAAGGCUUAUCAGCAGAUGUAUUUUUUAUCGGAAGCGCUGUGGUUUUAAUGUGGAUUUUACUUUUAUUAGAAUGUUAAAUUCUUGUUUUCUCGAGUCUUUAAUAACCUUUAACUUCAUCUGCUGGUUCGGACUUUUAACAUGUAAGAACAGGAACAAACUGUUGGGAAUUGUCAGGGUGUGCAGUAAAAUUGCUGGCACAGCCCAAAGCAACUUCAUCGAUCUGCACAAGGUGAGGUUGGUGAAAAAGGCCAGACUGAUCCUGGCAGAUCCAGACCACCUGCUUUGUGGAGAGUGCAGGAUACUUCCGUCUGGACGCAGAUAUCUGCUGCCGAGAUGCAGGACAAAUAGACUGAGGGAUUCAUUUGUCCCUGCAGCGAUAAGACUUUUAAAUGACUUGUCUUGACUCAAUGUGUGUGUUGUCUUGACAUAUAUAUUUGUUUCUAUGUUGUUUUGUUAACUGCUAGCUGUAGCACUAAUUGCCCCUUGGGGCUAAUAAAGAUUCUUGAACUUGAACUUCCUCUCUUUGGUUCGCAGGAUCGUCCGUUUGCAAUUUCCACUGUAAGCGAACCGCACCAGGAUUCACUUACAAGUGAAUUGAGACCCCCAGUUUUCAAGUGGACCAGGGUUUGCUCAUUUGGUCCGCACCACAGUUCGAAUGAGCGUUCACACCACUCCAAUAAACCAAACUAUUCGGGGAAGCGGACCAGGGUUCGUUUCAAGUGGACCAAAUGGCGCCAGUGUGAAUGUGUCCUUAGUCUGCAUCAUUAAUAUCCAUGUGAGCAUAUGCUGUCAUUGGGAGACUUUUAGCAACUUCUUGUAGCUAGUGCUAGCUACUUUCAUUGGAAAAGAGUUGGCAACUCUGCCCUACUUCUGAAUCUGUCGCCAAGAAAACAAUACGACUCCACUGGAAGAGUAGGAAAACAUCAACAUCUCCCAAUGGUUGGAUCAAUUAACACAGCAGAUAACAAUGGAACAACAAUCAGCUCUAAAAAAAAGUUAUACUGAUGAAUUGUGGUGUUAAAGGUUUGAUUUUAUUUCCUCAAUGUUACACUUAUGGAUUCAGUUUGUAAACUGUCUUCUAAUAUUUAGUGAUCUUAAUUUUGUGUACUUGUAUCCAUGGUCUGUGUGGAUUUUAUCAUUGUCUUUCUCUUUUUCAGCUUUGUAAUAUUUUACUGAGUUAACUGAUGGAUUAGGGUAUACACUGGAACGUGCCUUGAUUAAGCCCCUCUGAGGGCUGUUUUUUUUUUUUUGCAUCUUUUCAUCACAUUUGUGUU